AUGAGUAAUUAUGGUAAAAGGGACAGUUAUUACUCUUCAAAAUCGACAUAUAAGCCCAGCCAUAAUUCUAGAAGAGAUUAUGAAGAAGUAAAAUCGCGCUCUUCGCAUCAAUACUUGGGAGAAAGUAGAGAUGAUAAUUACUUGAAAAGGGAACACCCUAGGAAUCAAGAUCAUAGUAGCUAUAAGCAUAGCAAGUAUCGCAACAGUAAAUUUUAUCCAUCAGAUAGAACGCUGGAUGAUAAUAGACAGUACAGAAGAAGUAGAAGACCAAAGCACGACGAUGUAAGAAGGAACAACGAUAAGGACACUAGUGCAAACGCAUCAGACGAAGAAAAUGGAGGAGAUUCGAGCGUAUUCCUAAAAUAUCAACAGAAGGCAUGGAAGUCGAAAGCACCAGACCCAUCAGAAGCAGACAAAAGAUCAUCAAUACUGAUAAGGUGUGUGGACCAGGAAGUGACAGAAGAGCAAGUGGAGAGAGUGAUAUCAGAAGUGGCAAUAAAAAAUGGAUUCUCAACACCAAAUUCAGUGCAGUUUAGAACGUUCCACACGAACACGAUAUCAGGGUCGCUGCACAGCACUGACAAGAAUGUGAAGAGCUCGCAGUACAUGGAGGGCUACGGGUACCCGUACUCGCUGGAGAAGGUGGCAAUAGUGAAGUUCCCGUCGAUCAGCGCAGCAGGAAGGUUCAUGGCGUCGAAUAAGUCGAGGUCAAUAAAGAUAGGAGGAAGAGAGUACUACAUAGAGUACGAUACGCUGACAAACGAUAACGCGGAAACGGUAAGUCAGGAUACGCUCAUGCCAGCAGUGGCGGAGAUAGCGACGCUGCUGCAGAAGAGAAAGAUGCUGCUGGAUUGGAACUGCCCGUCGUGCAGAUUCCUUAACUUCUCGAAGAGAUCAGUGUGUCUGGCCUGCGGAGUGCCGAAGCCGUCAGAGUCGGAGUUUGAAACGCAGAAUUUGGCAAUAGAAUUGGCAGCACUGAACCAAGCGCAAAUGUUGCAGUCGAAUCUGUCGGAUGUGGCUCCCUGGCUGAUCCUGAAAAACAUACCAGGAGACGCAGACCCGGCGAAGUUGGUGCUGACGAUAUGCAAAGCAGUGCCGGAAGCACCAGCACAGCUGCAAAAGUGCAUAUACGUAAUAGAUACGAACUCGGAAAGUAAGAGAGGAUUCAUGUUUGCACAGUUUGGAAGCCUGAGCACAGUGGAAAAGUACAUGGCGAAGCGAGGAGAUAAAAGGUCGGAGCUGGUGACGUGCGGAAACACGUACCACAGACUGGACACAGUGAGAAGCAGAGAGAAGCACGUGGCAGAAGAGCUGUUCAAGAAGGUUAAAAUGGCGAGUCUGAAGGUCAACUACGAGUUUGACAUACGGACAUCGGAGACGAACCUGAGUUCGGAAGAUAAGACGAUGACGCAGCUGAACAAGGAGUACCGCUCGUGCAAGGUGAAGACGACGAACAUAGCGGCAAUAGAGCAGUACGUGUCGUCAAACGAGACGCACACGAUGUCGCAAGUGUUCUACAGCAAUUGGAUAGCGGAAAGCAUAUCGCUGCCGAGCGGGAAGCCGGACACGGGAACGUUCGUGUACGACGCAGCAACGGACUACUUCUUCGACCACAAGCUGAGCCUGUACUACGACGCGGCGACGACGUACUACAUGUCGCUGACGGGAAACUAUUACCUGUGGGACGAGCAGUCGAAGGCGCUGAAGAGAGUGGACCCGAAAGUGAGAAGGGAGGGCUCGGAGAGUAGGAAGGCUAGCGCGGCAGUGACGUCGUCGGAGGCAGGGAAGAAGGAGUCAAACAGUAUCGCGAACAUCCUGGCGUCAGCAAUGAAGGUAGCAAAGGCGUCGCAGGAAAACGUACAGCAGUUAUCAUCAGUGAUAACGGAAAAAAAUCAAGGCUCAAAAGCGCCGACUGUGAAUAAAACGGUAAUAGGCAGGACCUUUGAACUGAGCGACGACUCAGAGGGAGAGUCGGACAUGGAGCUGGAGGGCAAGGCAGCGAAGAGUGAGACGAAGGCAAGCGCAGGCUGCGCCGAGGAGCCCAGGAAGAGAGGAGCGCAGGCUGCGCAGCCGCAAGGCAGGAGCAAGUCGGUGAACAUUUGCUUCGUGUGUCUGAGGAAGUUCGACACGCCGGACAACCUGAACUUCCACGAGAGGGAGUCGAGAUACCACCGGGCGCUGAUCGCACACCAGCAAACACGACAGAACUGA